CUGCCCCCAAACCUUGGCAGAUAAAAACCCUACAACGGAGGCCAUCUGUGCUCCUCCACCACCCCCGGCUGCCUCAUGGCUUCUUCCUUGGCUAGUCCGGUGGAUCGCGACGGGAGGUCUGCCCUCCCCUUCCCCGCGCCGCCGACCCAUGGUUUUUCCACUAUGCUACUGAGUGUUACCGAUUCUCCACCUGUGGAGGAUUUUGUUCCGCCUUUCAGCUUGGAUCCACUGAUGAUCGGCAGCUUCAUUAUGUGGCAAUCAAUGGACAACCCAGUUGAAUUUCUCCAUCAAGAAAAUUUAAACUUCUUCCCAGUACAGCUCGGAAGAUCCAUAGAAGUUCCAUCCUCUGGUGGCAACAACAUAAAUAUGCUAAAUAAUCAUGUCCCAGCAGUCACGCACGACAAUGGGCUGAAAAUGUAUGAUAAGAAAGAGCAGCAGUGCUCACACCCAGCAAUAUUUGUUCACCUCACCGCUUUAACCAUCAACCCCAGCUCCUACAGCCUUUUGAAGAUAAAGAACCAUGUGAACAGUGUGGAGCAGAUGGCAUUUGGUCCUGAGUUGGUUGACGAAAAGGCUAUGGUGUACAAUGACCUGGACAAGAUUGCUUUGCUCUCCAUGAAUUGUGACGCGCAUAAGAAGACCAUGCACAACUACCAUGACCAUAUCUUGAUGAACUACGACCUUUUGAAGCUGCAGUUUGUUCCUGGCCUACCUUCCAUUCCACUUUGUUCCAAAUUUUUGGCCGAGCCCUUUCAUGGAAUAGAGUCACUCAAUGCCUGUUUCAGUUGUUACGCUGGAGAGCAUGAUGUGAACACUUGGGUACUACCUAUAGAGCGACCACUGGGGCCGGGUGCCAACAGCUCCACAGGUUUUGCGGCAACAUUUCUUUGGUUGGAUUCAGGGUGUACCCAUCACGUGGUUUGUGAUUACAGACUUCUUGUUAACUGCCGUGCACCACCUGCUGGGAAGAAUGUUAGAAUUGCUGAUGGGUCCUUGAUGCCUGUGCGCGCUGUUGGUACAAUAAACAUCCCAGGAUUUUGUAUUCCAGAGGUGUACUUCGUCCCAGGUGCUGCAUUGAACCUUAUCUCUCCUGGACAGCUCGCAGUCGACCACAAGAUAAAUUCUGCUCUCGAUGCCGUUAGCUGUAUAUUGUGGACUGGACAACGCAUUGAUCUUGUUGGUGAAGGCAUCAGGGAUGAACGUCAUGGACUUUACAGGCUGACCUUCCUUGUUGUCCCAUAGAAUGCAACUGUACGUAAAAAAUGCAAACUGUGAAUAGGAGGGCUUCUGCGCGCUCGGUCUGUUUGUAGCCAAACCGGGAGGUACUUCUUAUACCGAUACCGAUUGUUUGUCAUAAACUGGUAGGUCCUCGUAUACUAAAUAAGUAGAAGUUUUUCCGUGUGCGGAAUGAUAUGAGAUCUGCAUGGUGGUUGUGUUAUAUUUCCCCUUUUGGGUGUAGUCAUUUUUGUAAUGUGAAUGUCAAUCACGAUCGAUUAGGUGCAUGUUGUACGAUUUUCUCA